AAAACGGGGUAUGGCGGCGAUAGCUUUAUUAGAUUGUGAACAGUCUUAAGGAGAAAAGCAAGUACUGCGUUAUAUUCUGAUCUGGAGAAGACCAUCCUGUGCAGCAUAAAACGAUCUAAAAUCUUGAUUUGUUGUGUUUAGAUUUGCAUGUAUUUUAUACAACAAUAUCACGUUCAAUAAAUCGAAUUAUAAAUAUUGGCGAAUCUCUCGAAAACUACUUGAGAUGCAGAAUAGCAACUGAAUCGAUUCGCGUGCUUAAGAAUCAACGGUGGAUCUAUUGUCAGUGUAUAUCUUCCAGGUGUUUCUAGCUAAACGAUUCUAAAACGUCUAUACAGAAUACGAUGAAAAUGUCGCCGAACGAAGAAAGGGUAUCACCGACGAUAUGUCCUAAAGCAGAGACGGAUUGUAACAUGACGCUGAAGAAGAAUCGGUUGGCGAACGAUCAAUCGGCACAGAAUCAUAAAGCAACAAUCGAGAAGAACGAUGAGUCGAUUGAGAUUAAGUACGUACCGAGGAUAAAAUGGCUGGAUUUUAGCGCGCAAUUCUUCAUACAUGCCGGAUUUCUUUACGGGCUGUAUUUGGUGCUCACACAGGCAAAAUUGCUUACUUCGCUAUGGGUGUUUGUGACCAUUUAUACAUCUGGCUUUGGUAUUACGGCUGGCGUUCACAGAUUGUGGUCGCACAAGGCAUACAAAGCAAAAUGGCCCUUACGUCUAUUUCUAGUCUUCCUCUUCACAAUAACAGGACAGAAAGAUGUGUACACAUGGGCAUUGGAUCAUAGGGUACACCAUAAAUAUAGUGAAACCGAUGCAGACCCGCAUGACGCAAGAAGAGGUUUCUUUUUCGCUCAUGUAGGAUGGCUUUUUACAACACCCCAUCCUGACGUCGUCGCCAAACGCAAAGCGGUCGAUGUGAGCGAUCUAGAAGCGGAUCCCAUAGUUAUGUGGCAAAGAAGGUUAUAUAUACCUCUAUUUGCACUUCUAACCAUCGCACUACCAGUGGGAAUUCCUUGCUACUUCUGGUCGGAGUCGCUAUGGAUAUCAUUUUGGGUGAACUUCAAUUUUCGCUUCUGCAUCAAUUUGAACAUAGCCUUCUCUGUCAAUAGCGUGGCACACAUGUGGGGACAGAAACCUUACGAUAAAAACAUUUCGCCGGUGGAGAAUAUUGCAGUAUCAAUCGCGGCGCUUGGUGAAGGAUAUCACAACUAUCAUCAUGUGUUUCCAUGGGACUAUAAGACCGGUGAACUAGGCGAAUAUCCGUUCAAUCUUACUACCGCUUUCAUUGAUGCAUUCGCACGGAUCGGGUGGGCCUAUGAUCGGAAGCAUGUUUUGCCAAGUAUGAUUCGUCGUAGAGCAUACCGAUGUGGCGAUGGAAGUCACGUUUGGGGUUACGGCGAUGUUGACAUCUUGAAAGAAGAUCUAGAAGAAUUAGAUGUUAUGGACAAUCACGAGUUAUGAGACUGAAAAGUUCGAAAAAAUAUAUUGAGAAAAAGCAUUUUCUAAUAUAUCAUACGUGGACCAUGUAAAGUUUUUUGCAAAGAUUUGAGCUAAAGUAAUAUAGGGAUUUGAAAGUCUCUAUCUAUAACUUUAGAUUACU